AUCUUGGAUGCAUGUAAAUCUAUUGUAUGAGACAUUUAAAACAAAAUUAGGCACGUUUCAAAACCAUACUAGGUGCACGUUAAUGAAAAAGUCAGACCCCAUGGUGUUCCAGACAGAAAUGCUAUGACAACCAACCCCCACUCUCCCCUACUGAGUUUACACAUGUCUUACACAGACAGUGAACACCAGCGUCCUCUCACACUCUCUCCUUCCCUGCACCACAUCUCCCCCCAGCACGCGCGCCAAUUCUGCCGUUGACGCUCGCGCCUGGCAAAUCUCGCGGUGUUCUCGCGGUAAGUCGUAGAGCGCCUGUCUUUCUCCGCGUCUCCUAUGUGCUCUCACACUCACACUGAUAAAGCGAGAAGUUUCGCUGUCAGUUCAGCAGCAGGACCUGUGGGGGUAAAUGGCUCAGCGGAAGGUCGCCCUCGCACUUACAGGACUUUACGUCCUCAUUUGGCAAGUCUGGGCCAUGUUUGAGGUCAGCAUGGAGGACAGGAUAGAGGUGUUCAUGGGCGAUGUGGCAGAGAUCCCCUGCAUAUACAACAUUAGCGGAUCUGCCAGUUCACCGACAGUACAGUGGUUUGUAAGAUCAGCAAGUGACAAGACCGUGCGGAUCUACUACAAAAACGACAGCCGGGUGAUUGAGGAUCUGGGCACAGGUUUCUCAGGGCGGAUCAACGUAUCUCACUCUCAGGAAGGCAUGAUGGGAAAUUCUAUUCUGACCAUCAAUGCUGUACGAAUCACUGAUGCGCAAGACUUCAUCUGCCAAGUGAAGAUGGAUGGAGGCAGUGAGGAGAGACACACUCAACUUAAAGUGUUCAAUACUCCAUCUCUCCCUUCCAUUGAAAAAGAAUCUUAUGCCUCAGUCACAGAGUCUCUGAAUAAGAUUGCAUCCUGUGAGGUCAGUAGUGGAUACCCUGCCCCCAAUAUCAUAUGGUACAAAGACAGAGCUCCGUUACACCCCUCAAAUGAUGUCAAAGUACAGAACAGGCUGACUAUGAAUUCCAAUGGCUUGUUCUCAGUACACAGUGACCUGUACCUCACAGUAGUAAAGGAAGACCAGGAUGCAUAUUUCUACUGCGAAGUCACCUACUUUGUUCCUGGGGCCGAGAAAAUGGUAGAGUCUAACCGGAUCAACAUCACAAUCCACUAUCCAUCGUCAGUAGUUACAGUGUUCCUGGAAUCCCCUGACCGGCUCGUUAAAGAAGGUGACAACGUAGAAAUAAGAUGUCAAGGAGAUGGGAACCCUCAGCCAAUCAAAUCCUUCAUGCACAACAAUGAACAAAUUGAUUCAGAUGCGGGCAGGCUGGUCCUGAGUAAUGUGACUCGACUAAAUAGUGGUGUAUAUGAAUGCAGCUGUCUGGAUGCAACAACUUAUGAAAACAUCAUAGGCAACAUGACCCUUAUGGUGCACUAUUUGGAUACUGUUGUGAUCACACCUGAGAAUCCAGAUAGCCUGGAUCAAGGACGGGAUCUGUCUCUAAACUGCAAUGCCCUUUCCUCUCUGGCAACACAUACAGUCUGGUACAAGGACAAUGUGCUGCUGGAUGAAGGCCAUGUGCUGACGUUACGCAACGCCUCCUUUGCCACAGCAGGGACAUAUGUUUGUGAAGUAACGACACCUGAGCUUCCUGAGUUAAAAAGGCGCAACACUGUGCAUGUCCGUGUAAGAGGAAAGCCAGUGAUCACAGAGGGGGUGGCCGUGAUUCCUCUGGAUACUGAAGAGGCCAUCAAUGUGAGCUGCCGUGCCACAGGACAUCCAACUCCCAACAUCCACUGGAGUCUCUCUGAUGAACAGGCUCAGCUGGGAAGAUGGGACACCAGGACAGAGAACAGUGUCCUCAGCAUUAUUUCCAUCAGCACCACUUCUGACAUCACAGCUUCUUGUACGGCCGCCAAUGACCUGGGCACAGCCGAAACCUCUCGCCACAUUCAUGCCAUUCAAAUGAACCAAACAGCCACAACAACAACACCACCAACAACAAUACCAACAGCAACCACCACAGCGACCACCACCACCACAACAACAACGCCAACAACAAGCAAUACAACUGGUACGAUGGUGGCAGGAACAGCCAACCCGAAAAAAAUCAAAAAAGGGGGCAAUGGAUUCAUCAUUGCAAUCAUCAUCAUUUUCAUCUUACUGCUGGCCAUCCUGGGCAGUGUGCUGUACUUCAUGUACAAGAAGGGCAAGCUCCCGUGUGGGCGCUCAGGGAAGCAAGAUCUCACUAAGGAAAAGGCCAGUAGUGAUGACAUCGUUGUGGAGAUGAAGGGUAGCAAAUCUGAGGAGGCAGUGCUUCUACAGAGAGUCAAUGGUGAUAAAAAGACUUCCAUCGACCAGUGAGGCAAGGGAUAAGCAGAGAGGAUGGGCCGCUGGCAGUCUCCAUGUUACUACACUCUCUCAGCUCCCUCAGGAUGAGUCCCAGAACUUCCUCCUUACAGGACUGGCAUGUUUAAUCCUUCCCUGUGAGCUGGAACACAAUCCUGCAUCAGGUCCACUGACUCAUUUCUGCCUGUACAACGUUCAAAUUUGGUUUUCAGGGGUUUUUUUUUUUUCUCUUCUUUUCACCCCAAACAGGCCUCUCUGCGCAUUAGGAACAAUCUGCACUGUACGUUCUACAUCAUGUAUAUAUGAAAUAAUGUACAUAUGUCGUUAUUUAAAAUAAUUUCGACAAAACCUGAAGUGUUCUUUGUGACCUGAAUGAAGUCCUUCUUGUGCUCGACUAAGAUUCGGGCAAAAGACCUCGGCCGAAGGGUGCUCCGUUAAGUGUCCAAGUGCUCGUCGUUGUUUUGUCCGUUUAAAUCGCUCUCACUGCUGCCUCACUGUAGUCUGUGCACUGAAACUCAGAGCUGCAUCUCACUACUGUGCCGUUCCAACACUGUAAACGCUUCACCUGCUGCCUCCGACAAUACUUCAUCACUUAGAAAAAAAAAAGAAUCUGAUCUAUCAAAAUUAUUAUUAUUUUUUUAUCUAGUCUUUUUAAAAUAUGUACAAUGUUUAUGCUGAAAGAAAAACUUUCACACUGAAAUCUGUAUAUGCUAUACACAUUAAUCUGACCCACUGAGAGGAAAGGUACUCUCACCGUCCACUUUAUUAAGAACACCUGCUCAGUCAUGCGGUUCUCUAAUCAGCCAAUCAUGUGGCAGCAACACAAUGCAUACAAUCAUGCAGAUACAGGUCAAGAGCUUCAGUUAAUGUUCACACUAAACAUCAAAAUAAGGAAAAUCUCUGUGCCUUUAAUCGUGGCAUGGUUGUUGCUACCAGAAGGGCUGGUUUGAGUAUUUCAGAAACUGCUGAUCUGGGAAUUUCUCACACACAUGUCUCUGGAGUUUACACAGAAUGGUACGAAAAACAAAAACCAUUGAAUGAGUGACAGUUCUGUGGGUGGAAAUGCCUUGUUGAUAAUAAAGGUCAGAGGAAAAUGGCCAGAUUUGUUUGAGCUGCCAGGAAUGAUAUAGAAAGUCAUGUAAGCUCUCUUCACAACUGUGGUGAGCAGAAAAGUAUCUCAGCAUGCACAAAACAUCUAACCUUGAGGUGGAUGGGCUACAACAGCAGACGAACACAUUGGGUUCCCCUUCUGUCAGCCAAGAACAAGAAUCUGAGUGUAUCAUGGGCUCAGGCUCACCCAAAAGAGAGUCUUCGACUGUCAAGUUUCAGCAAGUCAGAACAUCAGCAGUUUCUGAAAUACUCAAACCAGCCCACCUGGCAGCAGCAACCAUUCUGAUGUUUGAUGUGAACAUUAACUGAAGCUCUUGACCCGUGUCUGCAAGAUUGUAUACAUUGUGCAUGAUUAACUGAUUGCAUAACUGCAUAAAAUGUACGGGUGUUCCUAUUAAAGUCGAUUGAGUGUAUAUGAAUUCAGUGUUUAAUUAAUGUGCUGAGGCCCUUAUAAUUUCUUUCUGACAAUCAUAUGUUGUUUGUAUAUUGCAUUAUGUAAAAAAUGAUGAAUUAGAAUCUGCUCCAGGUCUGCAGUGCAUUUAAGAAUCGCAAGUUUGACCAACAAACACAGGUUGGUCAUUAUUACUCAUUAUUUUUUUUAAUAUCUUUUCUUUUUAUUUUAGUUUAAAAAAAAAAAAAAAACCUAAGCAAAAA